UAUGUUGUGUACCUGGAGUAUGUUGUAUACCUGCAGUAUGUUGUGAACUUGCAGUAUGUUGUGUACCUGGAGUAUGUUGUGUACCUGGAGUAUGUUGUGUACUUGCAGUAUUAUGUUGUGAACUUGCAGUAUGUUGUGUACCUGGAGUAUGUUGUGUACCUGGAGUAUGUUGU